AUGAUGUACGAUGGUAUUUCCUCUGGCAGGUCGUCGGGGCAGAGCCUGCAGCAACGCGAAUUUGAGGACAUCCAACACUCCAUGAAACGCAUUGAGAAGCUGCUGCGCCGCGGCCAGCAUCUCCUGUACGAGGAGGAAGGCAAGGAGCCGGUGCCAGCCCACCUCGCCGCGAGCAGGGGAGCCGGUGCACGACCUCAUGGGAAACCAGCCCCAGGCGACGCCGCGGGGCAGCCGCAGCGAUUGGGUACGAAAAGGGACCCGGCUGCUCAAGUAGCGCAAGGCAAAGCGGUGAAGGAAGAGCAGCGCCGCACGAUGGCCACAGCGCCGCAUACACGCCAGCGGGAACGCGUCGCCAAUGCGAGGCUGGAAGCAGAAACGGGCCCGGACGUGCGGCGUCGAGGGGCAUCACCACUCGGUCACGGCGGGCGCCGCCCCACGAGCCACCGCCACAGCGCGCCAGUGUACGACAAGGAGGAGGAGACGGACAGCGACGAUGAGUUCGAGGAUAUCUCCAUCCCUGAGCUUCGCGAACGCAUCCGCAGGGAGUUGGAGGCGUACCGCCUCAACCAUCACGCGCCUGUGGCGUGGCCCGCACGAGCCGACUCCACCCCGCAGCAGAUGAAACGUGUUUCCACGCAGCAUAACGAGGCCACGCGAAGCGCAAACGUGGAAAUGGCAACACCGCAGGCGAAACCGCAGCCACGUUCUUGGACUGGAGUGACCGCAGCGAUAAAUCUUCCCAACAACGGGGUCUCCCCACCCGCCGCACCGCGGCCGCAACCACGUGUCAGCCCUGUUCGAGUGAGCAGACACAACCCCCUGCACGCAGACCAUGGAGUCCCUGUGUAUAAGCGUUUGUAUGACGACGCCCAGCGGCUGCAAGCAAAACUGCAACAAAUGGCUGCAAGAUCGUCAGUGGGGGAAUUUGGGUCCUCCUUCAAAAGUACGCCAGGUGAAGAGGCUUCACUGAAUAAGCGCCUUUUAUUAAAGACUUCAGCGACAGCGGCGCCCGUGCCGAUGCUGCAACCCCGCGUUAGGCAAAAAGUGAAGCUAAACGAGCCGCAGCAGAGACAAGGGACCCACCCACCGGCGGCAACAGCGGCGUUGGUGGAGAGGGCCAGAAAGCAGUCAGUGAACGGGGUGGCGCAAAAAGUUUCUACGCAUGUGGUUGACUGCCGCUUGAUGAAAUCGCAGGUCUAUCCGAGGCAGGCAGAACGAAGCGCGAAAAAGCAAGAUAGAGGCGGAACUGUCCAGGAGAAUCACUGCGAUUCGGGAGUGCGCACAGAUGAGUUUGGCGCCGCAGUUGUGAGGGAGACAAAGAAGAAUGGUAAGGAACUGGAAGUGGUGGAGACUGCAGACGCCGCGUGGAAGCCAGAGCCGACGCCCAACGAUGCAUUGGACGCGAAAACGUCUCCCAAGCAUGCGCAGCAGCCUGCGACAACGCAUGCGUCGAACGCCGUCUUGCAAAGUUUGGAAAUCACUUCGCAUGCAACCGACGAAUCUUCACUGGCCCAGAGAUCCAAAGAAUCGCCCCCGACAGCCCAGGUGCAGAUUCCUCCAUGUGUGCACCCACUCAACUUGGGUGCCCUUCGGAAGUGA